AUGACUGCAUCAGAGGGUCGUCCACCGGGCGGGUCGGCAUUGGUUUGGUUGGAGGCGCUCGAGAAGGACUUCGAUAAAGCUUUCGUUGAUUUGGAUCUGCUACUUGGAGAGAUCGAUUCUGAUCAGGUGGAGCAUUCAUUAACUCAUCCUUUAAUAACUCAUCACCCUCUGCUAUGA